CUACAAUUUGCAGACGAUGGAAACCACGAUUUGAAUUUGGAGAAGUAGUUUGUGAUUUGUGAUCAACUGGAAGUCUGGAAUGGCUUCUGAUUUUGUCGCUGGAUGUAUUGGUGGUUGUGCAGGGGUAUUGGCCGGCCAUCCUUUUGACACUGUAAAGGUUCGUUUGCAAUGUCAAAGUGGUUCACUACGGUAUGCAGGAACAAUCCAUUGCAUUCACUCUAUCAUCAAACAAGAAUCUGCCAAGGGUAUGAUGCGAGGUAUCACUUGUCCACUGAUUGGACUUAGCUUCAUCAAUACCAUUGUCUUCGGUGUCCAAGGCAACAUGCAACGUCGCAUGAAGCAACCUGACUCUCUCAAAUCUCAUUGGAUAUCUGGCUGUUCUGCUGGUCUUGUACAAACUGUCAUCUCAAGUCCAAUGGAGUUGGUAAAAACUAGGAUGCAAAUUCAAGGAUCUGGUAAACAAUUUAGUGAUAAAUCUAGCCGAUUUUACAAAUCCUCAAUUCAUUGCAUUGAACACAUAUACAAAAAUGAAGGUUUGAAAGGAUUGCGGCGAGGAUUUCUUAUGACAGCUUUAAGAGAUUGCCCAGGAUUUGGAAUUUACUUUGUUUCAUAUGAAUUCUUCUGUGGUUUAUUUGCAUCAAAGGAGGCAGGGGGUUCCCAGGGAGAAAUGGGGCUUCCUGGAUUCCUAUUGGCUGGAGGAUUAGCAGGAGUUGUGUCCUUUAUUCCAAUGUAUCCAACAGAUGUGAUAAAAUCCCGCUUACAGGCUGAUGGGAUGACACAAACCCUUUAUAAAGGUCCUAUAGACUGUGCCAAGAAAUCUUACAAAGCUGGUGGUUUAAAAGUUUUCUAUAAGGGGCUUACACCAACCCUUGUUAGAGCAUUCCCUGUGAAUGCAGUUACUUUUGCAGUUGUUUCAAUUGUGAAACAAUAUCUGGACUCCGGGAAAAAAGAGCAAAAGGACAGAGAAGUCAGGCAUUGGUUCAUACAUGAGACUUUGCCAGAAGUUAUGGAAGGUGUUAUGCAUAUAUGAAUACUGCAACAAUCCUGUUAAAACAGAAUGCCAAUGAGAGUUAAUUUAAUGUUUCUCCUUCAUCUGUUCUUGAUUGGCAGUGAUUAAAAUGCUUGAGAUGUAAAUAUUUGUUAAAUAACUACCUCAAAUGACAUUCAUGUAAAACAUGCAUGUGGAUUGAUCACAUUUAUAUACUAUUCUAGUAUAUUUAUAGCACAAUGUACAGGAUAUUUGUGUUUUCUUGAGACCACUAUACAUGAUGUAAUAUAGUCCAUAUAGACCAUAUGUCCCAAGGUUAGAGAUGUAAUAUAUUUGCCUUGAGGAAUAUCUCAAUAUCUCAAAAACGACUAGAAUAAUUUCUCCUCAAAAUCACACUUAUAAAAUGGUGGUUAUGAAGAAAAAUAAUUACACCACACAAAUGUCUGUAUGACAGGUCUUUAUGAAAAAAAUUGCAAAGUUUUCCUUUCAAUAGAAAAGAGAAUACUUUAUCAAAAAUGUAUACCAGCACAUUUUUUGGACCACCCAGCCUGUAUAUACCUUGCCCAUUUGUAAAAUUAUUAAAUCAAACAUUACAAUGUUUAACUCAUUCAAUUCACUUGUCUCAAUUUUUGUUAUUAAAUUGUCUAUGGGCUAAUGCUUGUCAGUAAAGUAUAACCAUAUUAUAUAUAUGUAUAUGAGGGCCAUAUGACAUGUAUGAAGCGCCCAGGCACUAGAAAUAGAAAUUAAUUGUCUUGAAUUGUUUCGAUGCAUGAAACAUGCUUCAAUUCUUCUUUAUUCCAAAAGGGAGUGGGUAAAUAUAGCUGACCAGUGACCAUACAAUCACAUAUAAUACACAUGUAUGUACUGUAUUAAAGCAAAAUAGAAAUGACUAAAAUAAUAUUUCAGUUUGCGUUCACUUAAUUUAAUAUAAGUACAAUCUUAUCUUAUGGAUUAUUUGAUAGAUUUGAAAUAUACUGUAUCUUUGACACCAGACUGUUGAGAACCCAUAGAAUACCCCUUUAUCAACAUUAUCAUAUAAACUAGAAAAACAGCAACUCCACGGAGUAACAAAUCCCACCUAACAAAACAUUUUGAUAAUUAGUGG